AUGCAAAUCAAAGCGUUGACCUCCCUGGCCCGCGGCCAGCCAGGCAUCCUCCACCACAUCACUCCGAGCCUGAUCUCUUUCGAAUAUACGCGCGGUGCAAUCCGCAAACCACACACCCUCAUCUUUGUAGGAGGAUUAGGCGAUGGUCUCGGCACAGUCGAAUAUCUAAGCGACAUCGUUCGAGCCCUAGACCCAACGCAAUGGACAGUCUUUGGGCUGGUUCUAUCCUGCUCGUACGGAGGCUGGGGCAUGGGCCGACUAGGGAACGACAUUGACGAGAUCGCACACACAGUCAACUACGUUCGAGAAUAUAAGACACCGCAGUUCGGACCGGGAAAGGUGGUUAUCAUGGGUCACUCGACUGGUAGCCAGGAUGUAAUGCAUUACAUCAACUGCCCGAACCCGCGUCCGGCACAUCCUGUCUUCGACAAGGACUGGACGCCUGUUACCCGGCCGGAGGUUGAUGGCGCUAUUAUGCAAGCUCCUGUAUCGGAUCGGGAAGGCAUUCUAUGGGUGAUCAAGUGUGGCACGGAGCGGGAUAGUCCCGAGACGAUGCGCGAGAUCUACAAUAAAGCGGUUGACGAUGCAAAACGACACACAUACGAGUAUCACAACUCUGUUGACACGGUUGUGCCGCUUUCUGUGACGGGCCGUAUUGGAUACCCGACCUCGGCGCCUGUGAGUAGCCGGCGAUUCUUAAGUCUGGUCAGCCCGGACAGUCCCGAGAAGCCGGAGGAAGACGAUCUCUUUAGUUCAGAUCUAAGCGACCAGCGGUUGAAGGAAACUUUUGGACAAGUUGGGGUGCGGGGUUUGUUGAAGCAGCAGUUGUUGGUGCUGUAUUCUGGUCGGGACCAGUCUGUGCCUCCGUGGGUGAACAAGGAGGCGCUGAUUAAGCGGUGGGAGAAGGCCAUGGAUGCAGACGGUACACAUUUCUGGAGUCCAUGGAGUAUGGUUAUUCCUGGUGCUUCGCAUGCUUUGAGUGAUUCAGAUCAGAAGGAGCCAAGACGGAUACUGGUGGAGAGGGUGACUGGGUAUUUAAAUGAUAUUCUGAAGGGUUAG